AUGGCGACCCCCGCUCAGCCAGCGGAAACCAGUUCCCCGCAAUCCAACGGCCCCUCAAUAGAUCCAUAUCAACAGCUCCAUUCAUACCCAUUCACAACAGACCCAGAAUUCAAACUCGGUCUGGCCGUGAUACUUCGACAGCCAGGCACACCGGCGACAGACGAGCAGGUCAAUCGUGCCGAUGACCUAGUCCUCAGAGCCAAAUGUUUCUACUUCUCAAGGGUCUGGCUCCAAGCACACUCCCUGGAUCCAGAAUUCGAACCCGCACCGGACCAGCUAGCGUCGGAAACACCGCCGUCACAGGCACCCAUCCCUUCCUCAGCCUCCGACGAGCAACCACAAGCAACGUCAACAACAACCCAGGAGCAACCGGCCUACCCUGCCUCUUUCGCCCACAUUGUCGAACUCAUCACGACGGGCCAACCGAUUCCCGGUAUCCAACAAAUACCGGAUACGAUAUUAACCGGGCAAGACGCACCGAGCACAGCAGAGCGAAGACGAAAGCCCUGGGAGAAGCUGGAAGAAACACAGGCCCAAGAGAAUCAAUCCGGGGCGGGUACUACUGCCCGGUAG